AUAAUGCACUUUUAUCUGCAAAACUAUAUCUCGAACAACCUAAAUUUAUAGAAAAAGGAUUUAAAGUUCUUACCUAUAUUGAAAAUGAUUUUGUGCGUGCUUUGGGAUUUUUGACACCAUUAUUUAGACAAGUUGGUGUUGAAAAUGCAACUGAAAUAAUUAUAGACUCAACAUUUAAAACAAACCAAGAGAG